GCCGACACGGUAGCGGUACGCUGUCAUUCCACUCAUUGCAGUGCAAUCAAUAAAUUAAUAAAUAAAAGUAUUUGUAUAAUCCAGUGAAAUAAUGGGAGAUCGUAAUUUUGUGGAAGAUGUAGACUUCGACAACGGCAACGGGUUCGCAAUGAACAAGCCAAUGCGACCGAUAAGGCCACCUAAACGUGGAAUGCCCAACAAUGACCGCUACAACAAUGCCUAUGGCAGCUACCGUGGUGGCUAUGGGCCUGGAGGCGGCUUUGGGUUUGGACCAAGGGGCCCACCUAUGGGCGGGCCUAUGGGUCCACCACCCAUGGGCCCGCCUAUGGGUCUGAUGGGCCCUCGUAGGCCGCGCGGCCCGCCGCCUCCCAUGAUGAUGUUCGGACGGGGUUUUGGACCAGGUGGACCGCCUACACCCCGCAGUUUUGCUCCAGAGACUCAAGCUUACAGAUAUCUCAUACGUUGUGGUGUUGCCCAGGAGAGCUUAAAAGGUCUCCCCAAGAAGCUGCUAAAACUCAUGGAGGCUCACUACUGCGGCGUUUGCGGCUUGGAAUUUGACUCCUUUACUAUGUCGCGUAUGCAUUACACGUCGCGUAAUCACCAAAAGAACCAAAAGAAAUGGCUGACGCAAAAUGCUGAGAAACCAACUCCGGGGAAAAAGAUUCCAAUAAAGUCGCGCGAGUUGUACUGUGAAUUGUGCGACGUUACGAUAACGUCCACGGCUCACGCCGAUUCGCACUAUUCAGGAAAAGCGCAUCGAGCGAUCGUGGAAGGAAGGAAGAAGCCGAAAAACCCAUACCUACUCCAAAAAGGAAUGGAGGGUCGCAUUGAGCAACUGAUUAACCGCGAGAAGCAACAUUUGCCGGCGAGCACCGUGCCGAAGGUGACCGCGGGUGAGGGGGACAGCAAGCCUCCGCAGGCCGACCUCUACUGCGACAUAUGCAAGACCUCCAUGACAUGCUCGGAGCAGAUGACGAUGCAUCUCAACGGCAAGAAGCAUCUGUCGAAGGAGAAGCAGCACAUCAUCCGCGUCAUGAAUGAACAGUCGCAGAACAACGGCAACAUUGCCGUCAAGGAAGAACCACCGGCUGCAGAAGAGCAGACUGGGGGCAAUGUCAACGAAGACGGAGGCGAUUGGGGAAACGGAUCUGGUACCUGGGAAGACUAAGGGCUUUAAUAGUAUAUAGAGGAGUUAUUUGGACACACAUUUGAAUUUUUAAAACAUGACGAGUUAACUGUAAGUUAGAUCAAGUCAACAAGUUAAUCCUUAUGACUAUGUUGUCCUUUGUCACACUAAUACUGAUUAGAAAUCAGCAGUUGUCACCUUUAAUCGACUCAAUUUAUUGUAGUUUCUAGAUUUAAUUCGUUAGCAACCCUUGAACUUAUUAAUUUAUGAUAGUUCUACUAAACAUUUUAAAACUGAAUUACAUUGUAUUUUUUAACUCUAGAAUGAAGUAUUGUCACAGAAUAAAUAAUAGUACUACCGUACAGAAAGGAAACUUCCUACAAAAGCGAAGUUUGACAGCGGUUCAGGGUCGAAUCAUGCCGUCCCUUUCUAAUAUAUGGCACUAUCGCUCUCGGCUAUUUAGGGUUGUCAAAAUUCAAGUCAUUAUCUUAUCUGUGGUCGUGCGCGCAAAGGGACGUCAAGUUGUGCCAACCCUAAUUGCUCGGAGCAAUGCUGAGCAGAACGGAGCCGAGUUUGCCCGAAGCGAGGAGUUUCGUACCCCUAGUACUGGUAUUUUUCAACUUCAUUUAAAUGUAACAUAAUUUAGAUAAUAAAUCAUUCUACGAAUCAA